UUGACGGUACAGACAGACUCAAAGCCCACCAGUGUCCUCCGAAAAACAGUGAUGAUACGUUUCUUAUUUUUACCAAGUGGAUUUUUCUGGUGUCUUGAGCGGCUGGUCGCCUAUAUUUAAUCCACUACAUUUAACAUUGCUGCGAAGAUGAAGUUCAAACCAGGCUACGGUCAGGGAGGCUACGGUCAGGUGCAAGCUUCAUCCCAUGGAGCCCUCUUCUUCUCGGUCUCAAACAUCGGUCAAUCCGAUGCACCACUUCCUUAUGUUGCGGCCCCAGUUGAUGGAUUCUGACAUGGACUAUGAGAGGCCAAACGUUGAGACUAUCAAGUGUGUGGUGGUAGGGGACAACGCUGUUGGGAAGACCCGGCUUAUCUGUGCCCGGGCCUGUAAUGCAACACUGACUCAGUACCAAUUGCUUGCUACGCAUGUACCCACUGUCUGGGCCAUAGACCAGUACAGAGUUUGCCAGGAAGUUCUGGAGCGAUCUAGGGAUGUGGUGGAUGAGGUCAGCGUGUCGUUGCGACUCUGGGACACGUUCGGGGACCAUCACAAGGACCGACGCUUUGCAUAUGGAAGGUCGGAUGUGGUGGUUCUAUGUUUCUCCAUCGCCAACCCCAACUCCCUGUACCAUGUAAAGACCAUGUGGUACCCUGAGAUCAAGCACUUCUGCCCCCGGGCUCCAGUCAUCUUGGUGGGCUGCCAGCUGGACCUGCGCUAUGCUGACCUGGAGGCAGUCAACAGGGCACGACGGCCACUAGCAAGACCGAUUAAAUCCAAUGAGAUUUUGCCUCCAGAGAAGGGCCAUGAGGUGGCCAAAGAGCUGGGAGUUCCAUACUACGAGACCAGUGUUGUGGCUCAGUUUGGAGUAAAGGACGUGUUUGAUAAUGCCAUCCGAGCUGCCCUAAUCUCACGGCGCCACCUGCAGUUCUGGAAGUCUCACCUGCGCAAUGUGCAGCGGCCCCUCCUCCAGGCCCCCUUCCUGCCUCCCAAACCCCCCCCUCCCAUCAUCACUGUACCACCUCCCCCCACCACCACUGAGGAGCAUCCUGGCCGUCUUCUAGAGGACCCCCUGUGUUCCGAUGUCAUCCUGGUCCUACAGGAGAAGCAGAGAAUCUUCGCACACAAGAUCUACUUGGCCACGUCCUCCUCCAAGUUCUAUGACCUCUUCAUCCUGGAUGCCCGACCUGAGGAAUCUGAGCGGCCCACACGUGCCCCCUCUCUGUCUGGCCGCGAGAUGCUGAUGCGUGCUGCAAGCUUCGAUGUGUGUGAGAGCACUGACGAGGGCGACAGGGCCAACCUGCGGGCCUGCACCAGUGAUGGAACCCUGAGAGACUCUGAGGGAGGCCGGAGGGGCAGACUGCUGUCUACCUUGAGCAGAGCUUUUGUCAGCAUCCAGGAGGAGCUGGUGGAUGACCCAGUGACCUACAACCCCAGGCCUAUGACCGUGGUGUACAUGGACCAGUCCAUGCAGCUGGGGCCCUUCCGCGCUGUGCUGCGAUACCUGUACACAGGCCAGCUGGAUGAGCACGAGAAGGAGCUGAUGCACAUUGCACACAUUGCUGAGCUGCUGGAGGUCUUUGACCUGCGCAUGAUGGUGGCCAAUAUUCUUAACAACGAGGCCUUCAUGAACCAGGAAAUCACCAAAGCCUUCCAUGUACGACGAACCAACAGAGUCAAAGACUGCCUGGCGAAAGGCACCUUCUCUGAUGUAGUGUUCAAGCUGGAUGAUGGAACGAUCAUGGCCCAUAAGCCCCUGCUCAUCUCCAGCUGUGACUGGAUGGCAGCUAUGUUUGGGGGGCCCUUUGUGGAGAGCUGCACCAAAGAGGUGCUGUUUCCCAACACAACUCGCAGCUGUAUGAGGGCUGUGCUGGAGUACCUCUACACUGGGCGCUUCUGUUCCCGCACUGACCUGGAUGCCAUGGAGCUCAUUGUUCUCGCCAACCGUCUUUGCCUCCCACACCUGGUUGCACUUACAGAACUCUACACAGUGACAGUAUUAAUGGAGGCUGCUAUGAUGGGGGCUGAUAUUGAUGGAGAUGUGCUGGUGUACCUGGAGAUGGCUCAGUUCCACUGUGCACAACAGCUAAGUGGCUGGUGCCUUCACCACAUCUGCACCAACUAUAAUAGUGUGUGUCGCAAGUUUCCUCGAGACAUGAAGGCCAAAUCUACAAACAACCAGGACUACUUUGAGAAGCACCGCUGGCCACCAGUGUGGUUCCUGAAGGAGGACGACCACUAUCAAAGAGCACGGAAGGAGCGGGACAAGGAGGACUUCCUGUACCAGAGGAGGCAGUGUAAACGCAAGUGGCUCUUCUGGAACCUUCCUUCUUCUCCCUCUGCCAACUCUUCCUCUUCUGGUUCCAAUGCUGUCAUCUGAUUGGCUCUCAGGGUACAGGCAAGGCCCACUGUGGGGAUGAUUUGGGAAAGUGGAGUAUCAGCACUGUUGGCCAGACACUAGGCCCCCUCAUUAAGGCCCUCCCGCCCUCCUUCAUUUCUCUUUUUGCAUCUGCAGCCAAGCUAUACUCUCCCGGGAUUGCAGGGUCAGCUAAAUCAAAUAAUGAAUGAAAUGAGCCUCUUUUGCUUUUUGUGUUAGCAUAUCCUGUCACAUUGCAGUGCAGAGACCAUGAAGCUAAAACCUUAAAACUCAGUGACUUCAACCUUAUGAACAAGGCAAGGUAAAUGCAGGUGCAAGUGACUGCUCAAUAUGGUGUUGAUAUUCCUGCAUACACCACCAGGAGGAAAACUCAGAAAGUUAUGAGAGGGAUUUGCAUCAGGUUACAGAACUGUGAUCCUAAGCUCAUGAUAACCAUUGACUGACUUGGAUUGACAACCAAGUGCUUAUCAGCUGCAACAGACAAAUAGCAAAGACCAAUGACCAGCAAACCAACACAGAAAUCAAGUCUCAGUGAUACAACACUUUGCCCUUAAGUGUUUGUACAAUCUACCAAACCAGGAUGUGUACAGUACAAUUAUAACCACUCCUCAAGCAGAAAUAUCAACAAAAUGCAUUACGUCUACAUUACGAUUAAUCUAUUCAUGUCAUGUAGGACAUCGUCUUAGACCAUCUUCCUAUUGGAAACCACUUUCUGUACAGAAUUAUGUUUUAAAUAGUGGCGGUUUGACUCCUUUACAGUUGUUGCAUAUUUGAAUGUUUGUAUACAACUUGCACAGCUGACGUUGAUAUGAGUGUAUACAUGACCAGUGUUCUUGUGACGCAGGGGUUAAAGUGCUCUGUCACUACGACGGGUUUCUGUCAUAUGGAUGACUCAUGAUGUUUGAUAUAUGUAUAGUACCAGUCAAAAGUUUGGACACCUACUCAUUCCUGGGUUUUUCUUUAUUUUGACUAUUUUCUACAUUGUAGAAUAAUAGUGAAGGCAUCAAAACUAUGAAAUAGCACAUAUGGAAUCAUGUAGUAACCAAAAAAGUGUUAAAUAAAUCCAAAUAUAUUUUUCAUGUGUGCACCCUCUCCGGCCUCUAGGUCCCCAGGCUACUCAUUAUGGCGCAUACCGGUCACCAGCAUUACGCGCAUAAUGACACUCACCUAGACUCCAUCACCUUCUUGAUUACCUACUCUAUAUAUGUCAAUCCCUUUGGUUUCUUCCCCAGUUGUCAUUGUUGCUGUUUCAUGUCGGUGCACUGUUCGUGUUUAGUGUUUCUUGUUUUGUUCAUUUAUUUAUUAAAUGUAGUCACACACUGAACUUGCUUCCCAACUCUCAGUGUACAUCGUUACAGAAUGACGACUCAACAAAGAGAAGAAUCAGGGAGUGUUUAUUUAGUUUGUUUUGGUAUUGGAGGUGAUGUCGGGUCCGGGUGUCUGAACCGGCGCUACAUGGGAGGCCUCAGCCGGUUUGUCAGGUUCCCCUGCCUCAGCUGGCCUGACGGGUUCCCAUGCCUCAGCGGGCUCGACAUGUUCCCAUGCCUCAGCGUGCUCGACAGGCUCCCAUGCCUCAGCGGGCUCGACAUGUUCCCAUGCCUCAGCAUGCUCGACAGGCUCCCAUGCCUCAGCGGGUUCGACAUGUUCCCAUGCCUAGACCGAGGCAAUCGGGUAGGUCUCAGGCGGUUUAUCAGAUUUCUGCGCCUCAGCGGAGGCGACCGGUCCUUUCCAGAUCCCAGGGAUCGUCCCUUUGGUUGGCGUCCUGUGGCUGAAACCGAACGCACCGGGGAGGGGUACUGUCACGUAUGCUCUCUCUCCGGCACUCUAGGACGUCAUGCUCCCGCACCUCAGCCGGAUCGCCAGGUUCCCGUGCCUUAGUAACCGAUCCGCUCCUGAUCCCCGGGAUCAUCUUCUUGGGCGGCGUCCUGAGGCUGGAGCUGUGGAUUGGGGAGGGGCUACUGUCCCGUGUGGUCCCUCUCCGGCCUCUAGGUCACCAGGCUGCUCGUUAUGGCGCACACCUGUCACCAGCGUCAUGCGCAUAAUGACACUCACCUAGACUCCAUCA